CUUUCCAGGGUUCUUCGUGAUCUCGGUAACACCACCAAUAAGCCACAUUCCUCAGUGUUCUCAUUAAGUGAGAAGAGCUUUGUUUUGAUCAACACCUUAACCUGCUCCACCUUGCUUACUCAGAAUGAGCAUAUUCUUAAUGUACUUGGUUGGAGGGAAUCGAGGCCCAACUUAAACUCAUCCUUGAUUAUGCUGGCUGCGCCCUUUGGAGAUACACAGGAAGAGAUGAUCCGAUUCCUUUGUCCUUUGCUAGACGCAUUGUUUGAAUUAUGGGAAGAACGUGAGCAACUGGAAUUGCCUGCAUUUGACGUCAUUGUAGCUCUUUUCAAGCUGACUGAAGAACAGGUUAACAACUCAAGUGCGGAUUCACUGAAGAAGUAUCUGGACAGAUUCCCUUAUUGUAAUGCUGCGGUAAAAUUAAUGCGUUGUCUGAAUCACUACAUAGCAAGUGCAUCCACAGUGAACAAUGAGAAAACUCGUAAUCUGUUCAAAGUACUGGGACUGGUUUUCCGGACGGUAGUGCAGUCGAAGCGAAGUGGAGACAAGUAA